AAGCUCAGCAGCCUCGACCAAAACAAAUAUGGCGGCUACAGUAACGACGGUUGACAUAUCGAAGCUUUCUCCGUGUUUUUUCUCCGUCUCUUUUGAUUUCCGCCUGUCUGUUUUGCAGAUUUGACAUUUUGUAAACGGAUUGUGUCGCGAGGAAAAUGUUUCUGGAGUAUAUUUUUCUAACGGAGAGCUGAAAAGAAACCAGGAAAACAAACGGAAGUGUGUGCCUCUGGUUUGAAACUAAACAUCCGCCGCUGUAACGCGUGUGUUUACAAGUUAGCUCGUCGCUUCGGCCGAAAGAAAUACGAGGAAAAUAUGAAAAGCAGCCGCAUCACCCCUUUAACAGUAAGAAGCACGGUGUAUUGUUCCGCCUGAUACAACGGAGAAGCGACACGGUCCGGGAUGUAGCUAACUAAAGUGACUUUGCUGUGGGGAGCACUGAAAGGUAAACACCGAGUUAAAGCUACGUGACCAUGGGUUUGGUGAACUUUGUCAUCUCCACUGUUGGAAAAUGUCUGGACGCCGUGUGUUUGUUGCUGGACCUGAAUUUUGUCGUGGUCCACACCGUGGUGCAGACAGUCCUGGCGGUGAUCACCUUCAUAAACAGCCUGCCCAGCCUCCUCCUCAGCUCCAUCAUGGAGCUGGGGAACCUCACCGUGUUCUCCCUGGUGUCCAUGGCGGAGGCGACGACCAACGUAGCCCACGGCACCGUCACCAUGCUGGGGAGCUUGGUGUUGGCUCUGGAGGGGCUGCUGGAGAGCCUGAAGAUGGUGGGCUACCUGUCCAUGCACGUCCUGCUCCGUGGGAAGGAGCAGCUGUGUCGAGGGCUGCUGUCGCUGCUGGAGGGCUGCGGCAUCGCUGUCAGCCUGGUGGUCUAUUUCACCAACACCCUGGUCAACUUUGCCCUCAUUGCCACCCAGAACAUCUACUCAGUGCUGGUUAGCGUGUGGCAGACGGUGUCCAGCCCGCUGCAGAAGGUGCUGGAGCUCACGCUGACCUCCUUCACCUUCCUCUACAGCAGCCUGGUUGGGACUUCAGCGUUCCUGUGGUCACCCUGCAAACUGCUGUUGGACUUCCUCGUCUCGCUAGUUCAUAUGUUCAUCAGCGUCUUCAUAUUGAACAUCUACGGACUCCUGCUCACUGUUACUAUUGCUCUCACUACCACUGCCUACAUGAAUCCAGAGCUGACCCGACAGGCUGUCGUGCAAAUUGUGGAUUACAUCAACUCUUUCCCUGCCUUGCACAGACUCUAUCUAGCUCUUCACCGCCUCGCUUCAGCCUUGCAGAGCUCCCCGCACUUUGUACGUGGCUCCAUGCAGCGUCUGCAAAGAAUACUCCAUCACCUCUACAUGCUAGAGAGAGGACUUUGGCAGCAACUGUCUCGACUCAGCAGCCGGCUAGGUCUGGCUCUGAGGACGCAGCUCAACAGGGACAACAGAGUACACGGCGAUGGCGACCCCGGAGAGGAGAGACGCGACCCGCCGGACGGAAGAGCAGGCGAUGGAACCCACCAGGAGCUGCUGGAUUUAGUUAUCCCCUCAUCAAGCACAGACAGACCGCUAAAGAAGCAGACGUCUUUAGGCAAAGACGGUAAAUCUCUGCCUGCUGAGAAUCUGCUGACUCUACUGAAGGAGCAGGAGGAGAGGAAGAAGUGUGUGAUCUGUCAGGACUGUACCAAGACGGUGGUGCUGCUGCCGUGCAGGCAUCUCUGCUUGUGUAGAGACUGUACGAACAUCCUGCUGAGGCAGCCCAUAUACCAACAGAACUGCCCGCUCUGUCGGCACAUGAUACUCAGCACUAUGGACGUGUAUCUAUGAGGGGCCAAGUGGAUCUGUUGGCGUCUGAGCACAGGGGACAGCCUGUCAGUAUCUAUACUUAAAGUUUUACGACCACUGACAUCAUGUAUGACUUGUGUUUUUACUCAGUUGUGUUCAAAUACUCUAAAUUUGGCAACAAAUCCCAUGCUAAGACCAAAGUUAGUCUAUCUGUUAAUACUUUUCUGCCUGGACAGUGGCACUCAGCCCCAAGCUUAUUCAUUUUCAUUUAAGUAGUUAAAAAAAAAUCUCACUCAAGCAGGUAUCAAUGGGUCAAUUUGGAAGUAAGAUCUUGUGGGAUUUAUUGAUAAUCACAAAUAUGGUCAAACUUAUCUCAUUAAAUCUGAUGACAGGAAAGGAAAACCAAGAAAACCCAAACUGUCCCUGUUUCAGAACAUAUGUACAAUGUGUUAAUCUUUAUAAGGGCUGGGCCAAACGGAGAACAUUAAAUAUCACAAUGUUUUUUGCCAAAUACCUCAAUAUCAAUAUUGCGACAAUAUUUACGCAAUGAGAUUAUUGAUAAAUAAUCAUCAGAAAUGUGGAUAUAAUGACUUGUGUUUGAAGGAAAAUAAUUAACAGCAAGAACAGUCUGGCUAGUUCAGAAAAUGCCUCACUCUACUGUAAUGCAGCCUUUAAAACCAGGAAAAGGAAACACAUAGACUUGUAUCACACUAUCGAUAUCUUAUCAAUAAACUGCCCAGCUGUAAUGCUUAUAGUUUACUGUUUUUGCAGUUAGUAUAAAAGAAAUCAACAUACUUUACUGUGCCAACUAAGGGAAUAGGAAAUUAUUAGGAUAUCAUGAUUCUCCAAAAACACGAUUCAAUUAGACUUUAAUGCCACGAUUCGAUUCAAUAUUUGAUUUAAGCUUUUUCUUUCAUCACUGACAGUUGUUACAUCAUUAGACUAUCAAAUCCUGAUUCGUAACAAUUAACAGAUCAUUGGUUUUAUGCACUGAUACCUGUUACACACAUUUUCUAAUCCUUUAAAGAGAUGGGUUACAAGGUAUCAAGUGUGUUAUGACCAUAUGGUUACAUUUAAGUAGUCUGUUAUAUGACCAAUCCUGCUUUUGAUUUUGACCUUUUGCACUGUCGGGUGUCAGUGAAACUUCAACUUUAAAAUGCCACUACCAAAUAAGAACAGUUUCAUUACUGUUACACAUUACAUUACUAUUUUUUCCAGCUAUAAGCAGCUCCUGCAUGUCUUUUGUGCAUUGCAUUGUGGGAGAAUAGUGUCCAUCACCAGUACAGUACACUCAAAAAGCUAUUUUUUUUUCUGUAUGUAUACUGACUGUUUUGAGUUACAUUAUUCCGUAGCUUUUGUCGUGAACAUCCGACAUUGGAACCCUGCUUAGAAUAACUUUGUAGUAUAGAUUUGGGACACAAUCUGUUUAAGAUGCACCUGUUCAUAUCCCAGUAUUGCCACGUUGAGUCUCAGGUCUCUUAGCCAUAGUAACCCGCCAGUGCCCUCGCUGAUGCUGAAAUGUUUACCACCGCUCAUGUCUUAAAAUGUUGUGCUUUCAGUGGGCCAAGCUCUGAAGAAGAUAAAACUGUGCUUUACUGCAUGAUGAUACGAAUGAUUCCAUACAGUGUAUUCAAAGCAACGCCACAAUCUUUCUGUUCUGUUGUAAAAAAGCUUUUUACCAUUUAAAUAUACUUGUGUAAAGGAUGACCACUGCUCACAGAGCCAGGAAAAGAAGGUUCUCUGUAUUUAAGGAAAGGGAUUGGUAAUCUUUCCAGUCAGGCCUGAUAAAAUACAGCUUUAUUCCGUUUAUUUGUUCUAUUGAUAGGGCUUCUUCCAGUCUUCCAUCAGAGCCACAUUACAGUCACCGCCAACGCAUAAUCUAUAAAAGGUUUUCCCUUACCUUUGUCAUUGUAAUAAAACAUAGAUUUCUGUUGUAUAAAAGGACCAUAAACUAAUAAGGCUUUUCAAUUUAAUUUGCUUUUAUUUCUCAUUUGUUGCCGUCGAAGCUGUGUUGAUAUUGAUCGAAGUUUACAGGGAAUAGUUUGGACGCCCGCUAAUUGUGUUGUUAUUGAUGGUGGCUGGUAUGGAGUCUGUUUUGUUUUGGGUUGUUUUUUUGUUUUUCUUAAAGUAAUUUGUAUGAUUUGAAGAAAUUGGAUUUUCACAUUGUUUUUCAAUUACUGACAUUAUUAUGUGCCCUACAACAUUAACAGAUAUCAUUCAUGGAAGUGGUCUGAAAGUCAGUUGUUGAUAAGGUUGUAAGUGAUUUCGAGAGAGCAGACUGUCAUUACAGGCAGCUCCUCUGAGGUAUUCAUAAAACACCAUUCCUAAUUUAAGAUCACAGUACACUGGGGAGAAAACAGCUCAUGUGACCUUUUUUUUUUUGCAGACAGUUUGUAUGAUACAGUGUGGGACAAUGUGAUUAGAUGACAUGAAUGUAACUUGUGUUUUUUAUAAAAUCUACGGCUGCCACGUAACUGGCAAGUCUUCUGUUCAUAAUAAAACAACAAUGACUGAAA